AUGACAACCAAGUUAGUCAAGCAUUUGAUCGUUGGCAAUAUACAAGGAGAUCCUAGUUUAAAACCUAAUCAGAUCAUUUCACUUUUUGAGAAUAUUUAUGGGUCCAAUAUCAAGUAUCACCAUGCUCGUAGAGGGAGAGAAAAUGUAUUUGGACAUGACGAGAAGUCAUAUAGUGAUUUAGUUUGGUAUGUCAAAGCCAUUGAGGAAACUAAUCCUUAUAGAUAUGUGAAUUUUGAGGUUGAUCAUGGAAAAAUAAGAUUUCAUAGGCUUUUCAUAUUUUUUGGUCCUUGCAAGCAUAGAUAUAAGUAUCUUAGGCUCAUGAUUUACUUAGACGCUACUUUCCUUACUGGUAGAUUCAGGGGUGAUUCAAUGGCUGCAACAUGUGUCAAUGGAAACAACGAUUUUUACCUAUAUGUUUAUGCUUUUGUUUCUGCUGAAAACAAAGAAAAUUGCUAUUGCUUUUAUCACAUUAAGUGCAAUCUUCCUAUUGGAUCAGGUGACGCGAAUUAUAAUGUCGUUAUUAAUAUGUUCUACAAAGCUGCUCACUCUUAUACAACAACUAACUUUGAUGAUGCUUUGCGGGGAUUGUUCCAAAGGAGAAAUGGGAAAAAUGCAUUUUUCCCUGUAUGCAGAUAUGGUACUCACUUUUCAUAUCUUGCCAAGUCAUUUAACAACUGUAUUGUUGAUCUCAAAAAGUUGCCUGCUUAUGCUCUUCUCGAUGCGAUACGUUUGAAGAUUAUGAGGAAGAAUGCUAAGAGAAUGACAGAAGGUCUAGAAAAUUUCAAAACUAGGCUCACUCCUAUAUACGAGGCUUUACUGGAGGAAAACAUCGACAUUGGUUGUACUUGGACGGUGUGGAAAAUUAGUGUCAGGACAGGUGUACCAAUAUGUACACCUUCCUGUACACUUCAAUUUUCUUACCUGUCAUUACAAGUGCCUGGAUAA